AUGCUUUCAUAUUGAUAUGAAAAAUGAGGUGAGGCAAUUUAAGGCGCCACCGAGAGCCACAUGUGUGUGAAAUUAUGGGAAAUUGGAUUCUGAUCCAUGGGGGAAAUUUAGUUUAUGGGAUUGGAUUUGGGAAAUCCAUGUUGUACUCCAGUCAAUUUCUUCAAUGGUUUUGAGUUUUAUGAUUAGGGUCAAAACUGGCAAAAGACUGCCGCCGGCUGGUUAGCAAAUAGCAUUUCAAGAAAUGGGUUGGCUGACCAAGAUUCUUAAAGGUUCAAGUAAUAAAGGGCGAUAUCAUGGGAGAUACGACACUGAUAGAACUUGGGAUGAGCCUCGCCGUUCAGCGGAAGGUUCAGAUGGUUUUGAUAAAGAUGAAAUUGAGUGUGCUAUUGCCAUCUCCCUUUCUGAAGUAGAUCAAAAAGGCAAGAAAGUAAUAGAAGAUGAGUCUGAUCCAGAGGAGGAAUCAGACGAUGAUGUAUCAAUCGAUGAAGGUCAUCUAGAGGAUGAGAAUGACAAACAUUCUGCAGCUCAUGAGGAGAAGGAAGAGGAAAGCUAUGCUAAACCUCAUGUGGAGGAAGAGGAUGACCGAUAUGCCAAAGUUCAACCGGAGGAAGAUGAAGGUCAUGAUAAAGUUCAAUUGGAAGAAGACGAACAACUUGCUAAGGCAAUUCAAGAAAGUUUGAAUGUGGAGUCUCCGCCUCGUUAUGGUCAUGGGGGUUUAUUUUCACCUUAUCCAUUCUUCUUUUCAGCUAGUUACAGAAUCUGUGCUGGUUGCCAUGCGGAGAUUGGUCAUGGGCGAUACCUUAGUUGCAUGGGUUCUGUUUGGCAUCCAGAAUGUUUCCGCUGUCAUGCUUGCAACCAGCCAAUUAACGAUUACGAGUUUUCAGUCUCAGGGAAUCGCCCUUUUCAUAAAACCUGCUAUAAAGAGCAGCAGCAUCCAAAAUGUGAUGUUUGCAGGAAAUUUAUACCAACGAAUACAGCUGGUCUCAUUGAGUACAGGGCACAUCCCUACUGGAUGCAAAAGUACUGUCCUUCACAUGAGCGUGAUGGUACUCCGCGCUGUUGUAGUUGUGAAAGAAUGGAGACAGCUGAUACAAAAUAUUUAUCACUUGAUGAUGGUCGCAAGCUGUGCCUAGAGUGCCUAGAUUCCGCAAUUAUGGACACUCAUGAAUGCCAGCCUCUUUACCUUGAAAUCCAAGAAUUUUAUGAAGGAUUAAAUAUGAAAGUGGAACAACAGGUUCCUCUACUUCUUGUUGAGAGGCAAGCUCUAAAUGAGGCCAUGGAGGGAGAAAAGAAUGGCCAUCAUCACCUACCAGAAACUAGAGGACUCUGCUUGUCCGAAGAACAGACAGUUACCACUGUCUUGAGGAGGCCAAGGAUUGGGGCAGGCUAUCGGUUUAUUGACAUGAUUACUGAGCCUCACAGGCUAAUUCGUCGAUGUGAAGUUACAGCUAUUCUCAUUUUGUAUGGUCUUCCUAGGCUGCUGACAGGAUCUAUCCUGGCUCAUGAGAUGAUGCAUGCUUGGCUUAGGCUUAAAGGUUAUCCGAAUCUGAGUCCAGAAGUUGAGGAAGGAAUAUGUCAGGUUUUGGCACAUAUGUGGUUGGACUCGGAGAUCUAUGCUGCUUCGGGAAGUGAUGCAGCUUCAUCUUCAUCCUCUUCAUCUUCGUCCUCUUCGCCAUCAUCAUCAUCAUCAUCUUCCACAUCAUCAAAGAAAGGCAAGCGCUCUGAUUUUGAGAAGAAACUUGGUGGCUUUUUUAAGCACCAGAUUGAAUCGGAUUCAUCCAAGGCUUAUGGAGAGGGAUUCAGGCAAGGUAAUCAAGCAGUGAACAAGUACGGCCUUAAAAGAACACUCGAUCAUAUUCGGAUGACAGGAAGCUUCCCUUUCUAAUUCACGAAACCAGACAAUAACCGGUCUUUCUCUUUUACCCCAUUGGAGAACCGGAUUCCUGUCUAUUAAAAUAUUAUACACUAAAAAGAAAAAAA